AUGUUGCAGUUCAUUGAGUCUAUUCAAUGCACUCACUAUUUAGUGUCAGUCUCCAAGUUUCAGAAUGAAAAUAUACAUUUUCACUCAAUCCCUACCCGACCCCUUGAUGAGCUCCUGAAGUGCACCCGCUACCACUCAUUCUCGGUAGAUAAUGCUGAUUCGUCAGUCGGCUAUGUGACGAUCGACCCAUCCAUCGAAGGCCAUAUUGGAAUAGGCGGAUUCAAAACAGCACACCAAGGAUGGUUGACACUAACGGUGCCUCCUAGGUCAGGUCUGGGGUCACAGGCAAGUCAAAAGGUUGUUGUGAAACGUCCAUUCAAAAGAGUGUACCCCCAAGGCAUGCCAUCAUCUAGCACAGAUUACAGAAUUGGACACUAUGCACCACUCAACAAGGUGGCCAAGCUGUUCAGAGAAGCAAAUGUCCUGUACUGGGCGAAAGCUCUGUUAGGUCUCAUCUACAAUUUCAUUGACCACACCAUUGCAGACACAUCCGAUCCUCCACCAUUCAAUAUUCCACAUGUUCGGUUUGUUGAAGCCGGCCUUGCGCUAUCUUACUCUCAAGGUAGCAGCAAGUCUACAUUAAAGACUGCGACGAUACCAUGUGGAGUGUUCCUCCUCAAGGAGAUUAUUGAUGGCGAAGAUUUCACCAAGUUUAUUCAUAAUAUGGAUCCUGACCCACUGCUUGACCCGGACCAGGAUGGGUAUGACUUUGCGCAGUUUUUGGCAUUCAUGCAACAUGUCCAGUAUGUGAAGACAGGUGGACUGGUCUUUAUAUCUGACUAUCAAGGUAAUACAAAGCUACUGAGUGACCCACAAAUCAUGACACACUUGUCUGUUAGCCAGGGCAAUGAUAUAUUUGGGGAGGGCAACAUUGAGAAGGCAGUCAGUGAAUUCGAGAGACACCAUGUUGGCAAUGAGUUCUGCAAAUGGCCAGGAUUUGGACUUGAGGUGCUUGGGGUAGAAGUAGUUUAG